UCUUCAGCUCUUCUUUGAACAGUGAAUCAAAUUUCUCAAAAUGAAGGUUUUCAUCGCCCUCCUGGUUGCUACUCUGGCGGUUGCCGCACAAGGAUCAUAUUUGCCAACCGUUUGGCCCCAACACGGUGCAUGGAAUGCUUGGAAUGGAUGGAAUGGUUUGAACACAUGGGAUAACCAUGGUCUAGUCGCCAAAUCGUGGUCUCCUGCGUGGCCAGUUGCCUCCCAAUGGAAUAAUGGAUGGAACGGAUAUUAUGGUGGUGUGAACAAGUUGAACUCCUGGGGACUUCCAUGGGCAGGUUAUGGUGCUGGUGCCUACGGAUGGGGAAGUCAUGGACUCGCUCAUACUGUUGUGCCAGUAUCGAAGCAGAUUGCUUCCACACCAGGAUCGCUCCACGUUGCCCCAGUGCCACUCGAUGGAGUGAAAGCUGUUUUGCAUUGAGGAUGAUAAGAGAAA